UUGUCUCGUAUGUUGUUAAAUCGAUGGUUUCUAUCAGUGAUGUGAUUCGUCCAUUCAGCUAUAUACGGCAGAAGGAGAGUUAUGUGAUUUUUAUACAAUUGGAAAACGUCUCAUUUCAACUUAAGCCUGCUAGAUUAAGAAUUGAAUAUGGAAAUCAUUUCGGAUCGUCACCUUUUCAACAUAAAUGUGUUUGAAUUUUGAGAUUUGGCAUUUUAAAAUAAGUGAGUAUAGGAUUCUUUUUGGUGGCUAGAUGUUGGAAUGAAUUGUUAAAAGUAAAAUGAACACAAAGGAUUAUGAAGAUAUUUUAAUGAAGUAUGAGUCGUUUCGAGUUAAAAAGUUUAUUUCGGUGUACAUUUCACCUGUCAUUCUUAUUGUCGGAACUACCGGAAAUAUCAUUUCUUUCUUCAUUUUACGGAGGAAUAUGUUUCGGAUAUCUACCUAUUUUUACCUAGCUAUUCUCGCUAUUGCGGAUCUAGUCGUGUUACAAUUCGGACUUCUUCGGGAAUGGAUAGGAGAAUUAUCCGGAUACGAUAUCCGAAAUGCCAGCAAUUUAUCCUGUAAGUUGUUUGUUUCUUUAACAUACUUAGGGAGUGAUUUCUCAGUAUGGUUAAUAGUAGCGGUAACAACUGAACGUUUCAUUGCCGUGUGUUUUCCCCUCAAAGCAAGUGUGUUAUGUAGUGUUAACAAAGCUCGGAGCGUCACCCUUUCUUUGCUCUGCGUGGCCUUUUGCCUCAAUGUCCACUUUCUGUGGACAACUGAGCUUUCUGAGGUGCAUCUAAACACUAGCGAUGUUGCAAAGUGUACCGCUGGUCCCGAGUUCGACUUUCUUCUGACGGAUGUUUGGCCUUUAGUAGACGCCUUUACUUAUUCAUUCAUUCCGACUUUUAUUUGCUCGGUUUUAAACACAUUGAUAAUCCGACGUGUGAUAAUUGCCCGGAAGUACAGAGGUCGGUUACAGAAGUGCCAUACGGGAAGAAACCAUUUGCUCAAGAAAUCGUUGCCAUCUGAGAGCACCAUAAAACUAACUAAGAUGCUUUUAGCAGUGUCCUUAACUUUCAUAUUAACAACUCUCCCCAAUAGUAUUUACAUCGUUGUUCAGAAUUACUGGAAUUUCGAUCACGGCGAAAAUCUCCUUUUGGAAAUUUCAAACUUUGCUUUAGCCAGAACUGUGACCGAUCACCUUAUGUUUAUCAAUCAUUCCGUGAAUUUCUUUCUUUACUGUGCUACAGGAAAAAAAUUUCGCAAAAGUAUGGAUCGGGCUCUUUGUAAAUUCCGACAACCAUCGAACCGUUCGUGCUCAGAUAGCAACAUUCCCCAUUUGAUGAGUAGGGUGAGUUAUACAACAGGUAGACUAAGUGUUAAUUUAGUCGUGUUCGACUCCAAACUUUUGAACAGGAGGACCACAAGAUUUUAAUUUUGAAUUCAGUUUAUAAGUGUAUAUUCACUUACAGUGAAGUUUUUUUUACGGGGCGAUAUUUUGCAUUGUAUAUCUGUGUGGUGAACAUUUAAAUGAUCGAAAGAGUGAAAGCAGGAAUGGAGCACCUCCAAGUUUUGAUGUCCUCUCUAUCGAAAAAAAACAACAAUAGAAUUAAGUCAAUUACUAUUAAUUUUAACGCUUAAAUGCAGUUUCCCAAAAGGCGCUAAAAUUUGUUGCGCGCGAUACUUUUUCUUUUUACUGUAAUUUUUUUCUAAGCGUUGUUUAUGAUCAGUUUGUUUAAGCGUCACUUGAUUUUUUAGGUCAAAGAUUCGAUACAAAUCAGAAUUUUGAUAUUAUUAUCUUGGAAAAAUUCAACAACGGUUUUUAAUAUUUUGAAUAUGGUGUUCCUUUAGCCAUAUCAGUAUAUCAAAGAGCCCCACACCACCUUAAAAAUUGUACAUUCCUUUAGAUUUUUUUUAACAUUCAUUGCUCUUUUUUUACAUUGCCUAACUUGAUGGGUUUUUUUUAAGAAACAAUUAUUCGGUAAAGUUUGGAUAAUGAAGGUUUUACUCUACUUGUUACGUGUUUUCACA